AUGCCUACGCCGGCAUCUGAGGCUCUCCGUUUAGAGGGAAACAAAAAUUUUUCACAAAAAAAAUUUUAUAAUGCUCUUAAAUGUUAUACAGAAGCUUUGGAGGAAGAUCCAACGAAUGUAUUAGCUAUAUCUAAUCGUUCACAAACAUUAAUUAAUCUACGAAGUUAUGAUUUAGCAUACAUUGAUGCUGAGAAAGCUUAUAAUUUAUCACCCGAUAAUGAUAAAAUUAAAUUUCGUUUAGUGACAUCACUUUAUAAAAUGGGUUUAGAAAAAUUUGCAAAAGAAAGUGCUGAUAAAUUUGAUGUUGAUUGGAAAUUAAUUACAACUAAAGAGUAUAAUGAUAAAGAUUAUGAUCAUGAUAUACCUAUUAUUCAUACCUUAAAAUUAGAAGAUACUCAACUUUCAGAACCACUUCAAAUAAUACGGUUUUAA